AUGGCGGACGGCGACCUCGAGCAGUGCUGGAUCUGCCUCGAUGACGCGUCAGAGGACGGCAGCGCGCAGCUCAUCAGCCCCUGCAGGUGCCCCCGCAAGGUGCACCCCCAGUGCCUCGCGCGAUGGCAGCUGCAGCAGGCGGGCCGGCACGAGGAGAAGUUCUGCAGGUUCUGCAACAACACUCUGGAUGACUGGAAGUCCAACCUGACCCCCAAAGAUCUGGCCCCCGAGGUGUCAAAGGUGCAGCCCAUCAUGGUGGUCUACUUUGAGGGCCAAAUCCACCGCAUCCCAGUGAAGCAGGGGCCCGACGGCCUGCAGGAAUUCCAGACGCAGAUCCGCGAGCUGUUCAGGCUGCCCGAGGACGUGGACAUAUCCCUAACGUUUGGCUGCAAGGAGCCCAUGAGCGGGCAGCACCUCAAGCUUGAGGGCGUCGGCGCCUUCGACGCCGCCGUGCACUGCGCCAGCGUCGCGGCGGCCGACAGGCAGCAGAAGGGGAAGCGCGGCCAGCAAGGCGAGCCGUCGGCCGCGGGGGAGACGAAGGCCGGCGGCGGUAGUGGAGAGGCCAGGGGUGCGGGCCGCCGGGCGCUGGCGGGCGUGGCGUCGGCCCGGGCGGCGGACCCCCAGCGGGCCAUUCUCACUGAGCCGCGCAGCCGGGAGCUUGGACCGCAUCACCGCUGCCAGCAGCGGCAGCAGGAGCAGCAGCGGUGGGGUGGAGGUCGCUCUGACAGCAGUAGCAGUAGCAGUAGCAGCAGCAGCAGUAGCACCACCAGCAGCAGGAGCGACGGCGGCGGUCAAACCAGCAGCAGCGCCACAAGCGAAAGCGGCUGCGCCCGCGGGUCGUCGCCUUUCGCGGCGCCCUCGCAGCAGCUGCCCGGUGCCCACCGCGCCGCCGCCGCCGCCGCCGCGUCCCCUGCCUCGCAAUCGCCGCCGCCGCUGCGGCUUGGCUCGGCGGGCAGCGGCGGCCUGGCCGGCUUUUGGUCGGUUUUCGCUCGCGGCAGCGGCGCCGGCUCCCCCUUUUCCUCAAGCAGCGGCAGCUCAGCGCCCUUUUCUCGCGCCGCCGCUCGCGCGUGCCGCUCGACCCACAGCCGCAGCGCCACCACACCUCUGGGCGCGGCGGCGGCGGCGGCGGCGGCCGCGCGGGCCCUCAUCAAGCACGAGCGCCUGACGCCGCACGCACUGGAAGCGCUGGCAGCCGGGCGCGAGGCAGAGGGCACACUAGGCUCCAAACUCAAGCUGCGGCUCAAGUCGUUCGGCCGGAAAGUCGCCAUCUCCCUGUCCAUGCCCCCGCGCCGGCUCCGGGGCGCCGCCGCUGCACGCGCCGCUGCCGCAGCCGCCCCCGCGCCCACGCCCGUGGCGGCGGCCGCAGGGGGCCGCCGCGGCGACGUGGGGCGUGGCGCGGUGCAGCUUGCAGCGGCGACCGGCCCAGCGUUGCAGGCGCCGCCGGCGUUUGGAGGCCGCAGCGCCUUUGCCAUCUCCGCCGCCGCCGCGCCCGCAUCCGCGCCUAGGCCGUAG